UCUCAGUGAUUUACUACUACAGCCUACCACACUGUCCCUGUUCACUGACAGAGGAAGAGAAAGAGCCAGUGAUAGAGGAAGAGUGUCAGAGGAAGUCAUCAUGUCUCUAGAAGUGAAGGAGAAGACGGAGGUGCGUCUGGUGUUCCUGGGGGCGGCCGGCGUGGGUAAGACGGCCCUGAUCAGCCGCUUCCUCCAGGACACAUUCGAACCCAAGCACCGGCGCACUGUGGAGGAACUGCACAGCAAGGAGUAUAACAUCGGCGGGGCCAAGGUCACCAUCCACAUCAUGGACACCAGCGGCAGCUACUCCUUCCCGGCCAUGAGGAAGCUCUGCAUCCAGAACAGCGACGCUUUCGCCCUGGUGUACGCCAUCAAUGAUCCUGAGUCCCUGGAGGCUGUCAAGAGCCUGCGAGACGAGAUCCUGGCGGUCAAGGAAGACAAGUUCACACCCAUCGUGGUGGUCGGCAACAAGACGGACCGGCAUGGCGAGCGGGCGGUGUCCAGCGAGGACGUGCUGUCCACCGUGGAGCUGGACUGGAACAACAGCUUCUUGGAGACGUCUGCCAAGGAGAACAACAACGUGCUGGAGGUGUUCAGGGAGCUGCUGCAACAAGCCAACCUGCCCAUCCGGCUGAGCCCCGCACUGAGACGACGCAGGGAGACCUUCCCCAAAGACGGCAACAAACGGCCCCCCAUGAACAAGACCAACAGCUGCCUCAUCUCCUAAGGCUGAGGGGCCUGACAGAGAGACAAAGACAGACAGGGGCCAGAGAGGCUGAGGAUGGGGACCCGAAGCUGAGUCAGUGUUACAGACAGACACAGUGAUGUUGAAUGUGCUACUACUGCUGCUGCUAUAGACUGUGCUGCUGUGUUGGAGUCUGAUGGCUUCAAUUCCCUGUAAGCCUCCUCAUCUAACCAUCACCACAGCAUUCCCAGUGAAGUAGAGGAAAGGGACACUGACUGUUAAAGGGGAACCGGAACUAAUGACAUCACACAGGUGUGGGACAUUGAUAAAGCUGAAACUAAAUGAAAGAAGUGCAAGGACACUGAAUUAC